GUUUGAGCACUAUAAAAUGUGGACACAUGCCAACUAUUCCAUUGUCACUCUCUCUCUUCUCUCUAUCCCUCUCUUCACAUCACACACAGCAAUGGACAGUGGAGGUGGUUUUCAUGGCUACCGCAAGAUCCCCAACACUACCUCUGGGACAUUGAACACGAGGCAGCAAGUAGGAGGAGAACAGAUCAACAACAGCAACCAUUCAGAACAAGACAAUGAAUGCACUGUUAGGGAACAAGACCGUUUCAUGCCAAUUGCAAAUGUGAUAAGGAUCAUGCGUAAGAUUCUUCCACCGCAUGCGAAAAUCUCCGACGAUGCAAAGGAAACAAUUCAAGAGUGUGUGUCUGAGUACAUCAGUUUCAUAACCGGUGAAGCAAAUGAACGGUGUCAGAGAGAGCAAAGGAAGACGAUAACUGCUGAAGAUGUUCUCUGGGCUAUGAGUAAGCUAGGGUUUGAUGAUUACAUUGAACCGCUUACGAUGUAUCUUCAUCGGUAUCGCGAGCUUGAAGGCGACCGGACUACAGUGAGAGUUGAACCGUUGGGAAAGAGAACAAUGGAUCAAUAUGGAGGAGGGUUAGGUGGUUUUGUACCACAGUUUCAUAUUGGUCAUCCAAAUGGAGGGUAUUAUGGGAAUGCACCAGCUUAUAUGAUGAGGGAUGGUGGUGGUAGUAACAAUGCACCAAAUGCUGCUGGAGGUUCUUCUUCUCAUUCUCAAGGUGGACAUGGAAAUGCUGAUGCCAAUGGAAAUCAUCAUAAUCAUCACCAUCAUCACCAUCAUCAAUACAAAUGAUAGUAUCAUAGUAGCUAGUAUCUAUUCUAUUCUAUUACUAUAUUCUACAACAACAAGACUUAUUAGUUUAACUAUGAGUAGUUGUUAUGUUUGAUUUGAUUUGAUUAUGAACAUCAAAGGAAAAGCUAGUUAGAAUUCAUAUCCUAACUAUGUACUACUUAAAUUAAUAACUUGAUUUGCUGUUCUCUUUA